AUGAUUGAAGCCCUCUUCAUCCUUAACCCAACCGAAGUAGUCAAUAUUGCUUUUGAUUUCAAAAGGUCUAGGCUCUUCAAACUUAUCACCCCAGUAUUCUUCGACUUUAGCUCUGAAUUCGUCAACUCCGAUAUCAUCUAUAGUGUACUUCAAUCUAGCAUGCUUUCUGUUAGUCCUGUCUCCAAAGUCUCUUUGCACCAACAUAAUUUGCUCGCACGCAAGAUGGACCUUUUCCUUGGAUACGUAGCCCAUCAUAGAUCCAGUUCUUGGGUAAGUCUUGGUGUUGUUAUGAGUGGAGCCCAUACCACCGCCAGCAAGAAGAUUAAAUCCAACAACUUCGUCAUUCUCAACAAUGGCAAUCAAACCAAUGUCAUGCGCAUAUACAUCGACGUCAUUGUAAGGUGGAACAGUGAUGACGAUCUUGAACUUUCUUGGCAAGUACGUUGGGCCAUACAUAGGCUCAUAGUCAACUAA